AUGGACUGUUAUGUCGAUGAUGAUGCUAAUGAUGCUAAUGAUGAAACUGUUUGUUACGGAGAUUUAGGCUGUUUUAAUAUAACAGCCGAUUUCCAUCAUAUAGUCUAUCGGCCGCUAAACGUAUUGCCCGAAUCACCCGAUACGGUCAGGACACGUGUCUAUCUAUAUACCCGUCCACAACAUAACAACAACAAAAACAACAGUAAUCAAACGGGUCGACCGCUGAUGAUUCCCGAUCAAUGGUUAAACCGGAAUAUUAUUAGCAAUAAUAAUAGUAGUAGUAGUAGUGAUAAGUUUAUGCGGAUAUUUGACGGGAAUCGGGAAACAAAACUGAUAGUUCACGGACUGUUCGAUAGCCUAGAACAGGGAAAAUGGAUACACCGUCUAAAAGAUGAGCUACUAGUCUAUGGAGAUUAUAAUGUAUUAGUUGUCGACUGGUCUAAUGGGAACGGGUUGCCAUACACCCAGGCAGUAGCCAAUGCUAGACUAGUGGCCGCACAGAUUGUUUUAUUGUUGAAAAAUUUACAACGAUCAACUAAUAAACUGUUGAAGUUUGACAAGUGUCACAUAAUUGGCCAUAGUUUAGGUGCACAGAUAGCCGGCUAUGUUGGCCAACUAAUUGGUGGUAGUGGGUCGACACCAACAAAAAACAAGCUAGGUCGUAUUAGUGGUCUAGAUCCGGCAGCACCAAUGUUUCAAUCAAUGCCCGAAUCGGUACGCCUGGACAGUACCGAUGCCCUGUUUGUCGAUGUUAUACAUACGGAUACAUUGAAUAGCCUGAUAAAUAUAGGGGCCGGUACCAAACACCCAGUCGGUCAUAUGGACUUCUAUCCAAACGGUGGUCACGAUCAGCCCGGUUGUGCCCAGGAUAAAAUCAAGUCSAUAUUGGACAGGGAUCUGAUGGAAAGUACCCGGCUAGUAGUGGCCUGCAAUCAUCURCGUGCCAAUGAAUACUAUAUCGAAAAAACUGGAUAUAUGGGUCGUAUAUCUAUACGUAUUCGACCCCAACAUACUGACUACCUGUCCAUUAACAAUGAUGCCAUAAAAAUUCUACCAAACACUACCUACUAUCAGGUAGUUAGUUUGGACAGUCGGCUUAACCUGUCUGGACAACCAUCAGCUGCAGCAGCAGUAGCAGCAGCACCGGGCGAUCAUCAGCACCGGCAGCCAAUUGCCAACAGUAUUGACAUUAAAUGGUCAGAGGAUUCGUUCAACUUAUUGGAUACGAGUACCUGGAGUUUUGGUACAAUAUUUAGACAGACAAUCGACUUGUUUGGUAACAAUGAUCAGUUAGGCAGCAGCAGCACCGGUAGUACCCGGAAUAGGACAACCGCAAGGAACGGGAGUACUAAACGAAAUUUAUCGAAAAAAUUAGUAUUUAUUAAACAUAUAUGGCUCAGGGAUUUAUCUACCGGGAGAUUAUUGAAAUUUUGUAAUACUCAUAGUCAAAGUGGUAUACCUAGUGGUGGUGGUGGUGGUGGUGGACGGGUAGCUAGAUUUCUAUCAUCACAAUGUAAUAAUAAUAAUUAA